ACCCAGAUAGUCCGAGCACCGUUUCAGAAGACCCAACGCCAUUUCUUCUUUCUCUGCCAAACAACGUCAUUUCUUCUUUCUCCUUCUUUCUCUCUUUUCUUUCUUUCUUUCUUUCCUUUUUUUCAUCCGGUGUAUUUGGUUAUAAGUUAAGUUUGUGGACUUAGCUUAGGUGGCAGAUUGGGGACUGCAGAAGUGUGGUUUUGCAGCCCGACCGCACAGUAGGUUUUUCCAAGAAAGUUUUUUCCCAAAAAUCGAACCUCCGCUUCUCCCCUUGCUGUCUACCACGAACCCAAAUAACCGCUCCUAUUCUAUUCCUCGAGCCGACUCAAUUUUGGUAGCAAACCUUAUUUUGUAAGCGAAUAAAGGGGAAAAAAAAAACCGAUAUAGGCAGUGGAUAGAUAAUCUGGCCAAUGAAGACCGAGCCGGCAAGCCCGCCCGGGCUCGUGAUAUCUUCCACCGAAGGCAUCCGGUUAUUUCUGUCCACGGCAUCCGAAGAUCCGCACCUCUCGCCGGAGCUCCGACAGAUCGCGUCGGAUCUCUCCUCGCAAUGUAAUGUGCCGUACAAGUCACUCCGAGCUCUCUGGUUCGCGUCCCGGCCCUCCACCCGACCCGCCUUGAUCCAGCUCUUCUCCGGGUCCGAGUUCGUCUUCACCAGCCCCAAACCUAGAGAGAAGAGUGAAGAAUUGAAGGCAAGGCUGAGAAAGCUUGAGGAAUUGGCGGAGAGGAAUGCGUAUCAAGAGCUUGUUAAGGAUAUUACACCGAAGAAGGAUGACACUGAGCCUUUCUCUUCUUACAAGGAUCAACUAGGCUUUGGUUUACAUGUUGUGGUUAUGAUGUUUACCAGCUAUUUGGUUGGAUAUGCUGCAUUCAGAGCGUUAUUUAACCACAGUCCUGCCAUGAAUGCUGCUGGAGGCAUUCUUGGAUUGGUUGGUGGCAUGCUUGUAGAGACACUUCUUUUUAUAAUUAGAACUUCCAAUCAAGAUCAUAGAUCAUCAUCUUCUGCUUCCAAACUAAAGAAGAAUCAAUAGAUUUGGUCUUAAGGGAUUGGGCUUUUCUUCUCUUGUGUAGUGUGUUCGAUCUCAUUUAUAAAGAUAUUUUGAUAAUAUUGUUGAACAGGUCACUUACACAUUGUCUGGGUAUGUAGCACUUUAUUUGCAAGGGUAUUCAAGCUGUGCAGAGAAAUCAGCAAAAUAUAUGGUUGCAUUGAUCUUGGCAUC